GAAAAAGGUCGUUCAAUACAGGUAAUCGCAUGUGUGAUGUCGAAUGUAUGUCAAUAAGCAGUAUUUCUAUUUAGAACGGCAUUGGAAUAAAUUUUCACCCUGACAGCGCACACAUUUCUUUUGAACAGCAACAAGCGGAUCCAUAGCUUAAUUGAAAAAAGAUCAAUGCGCCGAUCGAUGGAGUAGCCUAGAUUUACCACUGGUAACUAAGGGUAUGUUGGGGUGUGAUAAAUACUGAAGGAAAUGUCGGACUUUCUCAAAUACAUGUAUACAUGUUUAGGAACCGUGACAGCUACAGUUUGUAAUGGCGCUCCUCGUAUAUUCUCCUAAGCGUCACCGGAAAGGUCCGAAAGUAGCCGAAGACAGUUCUGUAUACAGCACAGUAAAUUCUGGGAAAACACCUUCCAUCGUUGGACUUGAAAAUUUGAGAAUCGAACCAUCUCAGGAAUUUAUCGUUGAAACGAUGCCGACCCCUAACAGUCUAACAUAUCACCCAGUAUCUACAACGCCAAAUAAAAAGACUUAUAGGCCACACCCGACACCUCGGUGGGAAGGCAGAAAAAAGACAACUGUUCAUGUUGCAGUGACGUUUCUUAAAAUAGGAGAAGUAGAAACAAUUAAGGAAUAUUUCGAAGCGGACGUUUAUAUUCAAGCUAGAUGGAGAGAGCCUCUACUAGAUAAAACAAAGACAACUGUUUCAGACUUUACCCAGUUUUGGAACCCCGAGUUGGUAUUGCAGAAUGUAUUCGAGGACCCGAAAGAGCAGAUCUGGCAUGAGGUGCGGUAUAUGCAACAUGGAGAGGCAUUUAUAUACGAAAUGAGACGUGUCAAGGGAAAGUUUAUGGAGACGAUGGAGUUGAAUGAUUUUCCAUUCGACGUACAGGGUAUUUCAAUGGUGCUGUCAUCUGAAUUAACAAAAGACGUUUUGGACAUUGUUGAAGAUAAAGAGGAAAUCAGCUCUAUAUAUGUUGACUGUUUUUCGGAUAGUCAGGAAUGGGAGCUUUACAACUUCGUUGAGAUGGACCCUCUAGAUAUUUCUGCACAAUACACACGUGCACGAAUUAGUUACCCAGGAGUAAUAGCCACAUGUUGUGUGUCAAGAAGAGCAGGAUUCUUUGCUUGGAACGUACUGGUGAUUGUGAAUCUACUAACCAUUUUCGCUUUUACGACAUUUGCCGUGGCACCGACCUUGACACAGAACAGAUUACAGUUGUCAUUCAUUUUGAUGUUGGCGUCGAUCAGCUUCCGGUUUGUGACAAACCAAAGUAUUCCAAAAAUAUCCUACCUUACACAUCUUGACCGUUAUGUGCUGGUGUCAAUGAUGUUCAGUGGAUUCAUUACAUUAUGGCACGCAGUUCUAUCCAGGUUCAAGUAUAACGCCAACCUUCAGAGCAAGAUGGACUUCUAUGCAUUUAUCUUGUUCGCCAUUGGGUACUUCUUUUUCCAGAUGCUUUUCAUACUUAUCAUGUUAUACCAGCGCCAUAUGAAGCUGAAAAACAUAAAGACAAGGGAAAAGAAAUACAGGUUUAAAGUUCAAAACUUUGCCGGAGAAUUAUGGAGCACACUGAAAGCGGAAGUGACUGAUGGUGCCUUCUCCCUGGGCCUGCGCAAUAAGAGCAACAUACACACACGACCGAGGUAGACCGGAAGUUGACGGUGCUAAGAAAACGAAGAAAUGUGUGCGUAUGUGUGUUGCAAAGGGAAACAGGAUCAGCGACAAAUUUCUAUUUCUUACUUGCUAAAUUAAUGAUAAUCCAAAAAUAUGGUACUUAUAGGAGAGUAAAAUUUCAGACUUAUUUUUCAUUAUUUAUUGUUCACUGUACUCACAUUCGCGUUUUCCUGUUAUGAUACACACAUCAAAGGAUCCGUCCAUUUUAUUUCAUUUUUGCCAGCAUAUUGUUGAUAUAUCAAAAUAUAGUUAGAAAAAAAAAACUGUGCCUUUAGCGAUAUUGUACCAAUAGAAUAUGUAUUAAAUUUUCGUUUGGAAAAUUUCAAAUGUGGUAAAAAUUUCAAGAAAUAAUUGUUUAAAAGCAAGAUGUCUUGCGUUUCAGACAAUGCUUAGUUUAAGUUACUCCAGAACGAAUUCUUCAUUGAUGUAUCUGUUAAUGAUCUGUUAAUGAUCUGUUAAUGAAUUUGUAUAACAUCAUUACAUGUUGCAUUUAUUUUGCACAGAGCGAAAAUUUUGCAAAUUUUGCAGAUGACAAGGCAUGAUAAAGACUGUGAUACAUAUGUGUUUAGUUGCUUUGUGUUGUAGUAUUAUGCAUUUCUGUGAUAUAAAUGUAUUAUUAAUGUAUUUAAAAAAGAACCAUGGUGCUUGUUAAUGUAUUUGCAUACCUCUAGUAUUGUUGUUUUAAUCUUCUCAGAUUACAAUAAAAUUCAUACUUUC